AGAAAUCAUUUUGUACUUGAGUUUUAAUUUGAAUAUUUGAAUGCCGAGGAAGAUAAGAAUUUUCUCACGGUCAUUGAUCCAAAACCAUAAGUGAAAUUAUCAUUCCACUGUGGGAAAAAGAUAUUACUCUUUCUCCUCCAGGUAGGUGAAGAGGACCGGUGAAAAAGUGGGGAAUUGUCAGUUUGAAAGUGCGAGCCACCGAGAAAGGUCCACAUUAACAAGCCAUGAGGUGCACCAUCCAAUUAAAUCACAUCCUGAUCCUCAAUGCCGUUUUUCUAGUUGUGGGAGGGAGAGAUGAUGCGCCUUGCAUUGAGGAAAAUAAAUUUUAUAGAAAUCCUAAUACCCCUGCUCACAGCGUUUGGGCACCAACGGAAUGUGCCAAAUAUUUCUUAUGCCUAGACAAUGAGGUAUUCGAGUUCAAAUGCUCGGAGGGACUCCUCUUCGAUGUUACGAGACAGAUAUGUGAUUUUAAAACCAAUGUUGAUAAUUGCGACGUGACGACAGACGUGCAACCACCGAAACCUCUUCUUGAGAAUGGAACCUGUGACAGUGGAAAUUUGGCAUGUGGAGAUACCACAUGUUUACCAAAUAUUUAUUUCUGCGAUGGUAGUGUGGAUUGUCCGGAUGGAUCAGACGAGGCCUGGUGUGAUGGUCACGAUCCGAAUGCAGCUCUCCCCUGCAACACCGAAAAUUGUUCACUUCCAGAUUGCUGGUGUUCUCACGAUGGCAAACAAAUUCCAGGUAACUUGACGGUAUCUGACGUUCCCCAGAUGAUAACAAUCACCUUCGACGAUGCAGUGAAUGCUGAGAACUUCGACCUCUACACAAAGUUGUUCAAUGAUGAGAGGAAGAAUCCCAAUGGCUGCCCCAUACGAGCUACUUUCUAUGUAAGCCAUCAAUACACGAAUCAUCGGGACGUUCAAGAUCUGUGGAAUAAUCGCCAUGAAAUUGCCGCUCACUCCGUCACACAUCGAGGCCCAGAGGAAUGGUGGUCUCACAAUGCAACGAUUGAGGAUUGGUUUGACGAAAUGGUUGGACUAUCAAACAUUCUCAAUAAAUUCGCAGCAGUUCGAUUGGAGGAUAUCAAGGGCUUGAGAGCUCCAUUCCUUCGUGUUGGAUGGAACAAACAAUUCCUCAUGAUGUCUGAGUUCGGAUUUUCGUACGAUUCAUCAAUGGUUGCGCCCUUCACAGACUCACCAUUUUGGCCAUAUACUCUGGAUUACCAGGCACCACAUGAAUGCGUUGGUACAGACCAGAAUUGUCCCACCAGGGCGUAUCCCGGGGUCUGGGAAGUGCCCCUGAAUCAACUGUUAAUUGGGGAUUACACGUGCGCGAUGGUUGAACAGUGCCCAUCAAGCUUGACCGGCGAGGAGAUUUACAAAAUGUUGAUGUUGAAUUUCAAACGACACUAUUUAACCAACCGUGCUCCACUAGGUCUGCAUUUCAAUUCCAUGUGGUUCAGAAAUCCAACACAUAUUUAUGCCUUCGAGAAAUUCUUGGACGAUAUCCUUCACCUCUCAGACGUGUACUUCACUACGACCCACCAAACAAUCGAGUGGAUGAAAAAGCCAACAGGAAUCAACGAAUUAUCGAGCUUUGAGCCCUGGCAAUGUCAUCCCCGUGAUCUAGCCCCACACGAAAUUGCCUGCGAGAUGCCAAACACCUGUAAACUCUCGAGUAGAGUUCUCAAGUCCUACAGAUACCUGACGACCUGUUUCGACUGCCCAAAGCAGUAUCCCUGGUUCAGAAACGAAUUUGGAAGGGACUGACAUUCGAAUCCCACGAUAUCCUCAU